CGUAUGAAAUUUUGCUCCUUUUUAUUUAAACCUUUGGGUGGCGGCUUUGUUUGUCUGCACAUCCGGAAAUGGGGAGGAGAGCUAGCAGUUCUUCUUCGUCGUCUAUAGAGAGCAGCAACCAUCAUUUCCCUCGAUCGUCGGGUUCUGAUCUCAGCACUGAUCUCCGGCUUGGACUCAGCAUUGCAGCAUCUACGCCGCCGGAGCAGUCGUGGUUGCGGCAGCAGGCGGUGGCGGAAGAGGAAAAUGAGUGCAAUAGUGCUAGUUUCUUUGUUAAGGUGUACAUGGAUGGGAUUCCGAUUGGGAGAAAAUUGAAUCUUUUGGCUCAUGAUGGGUACCAUGAUAUGAUUAGAACUCUGGAUCACAUGUUCAAGACGAACAUUCUCUGGUCUGAGGCAGCAGACGUGGAAGGAAUACAGUAUGAGAAUUGUCAUGUUUUGACUUACGAAGACAGGGAAGGAGAUUGGAUGAUGGUUGGGGAUGUUCCAUGGGAGAUGUUCUUGUCCUGUGUAAGGAGAUUGAAGAUUACUAAAUGCUGAAUUUUGGGACGUUUCUCUGUUUCUCUCUAUGCUUUUUUUUUUUUUUUUUGGGUUUUUUUCUCUCUGCUUUUGGGGACUGACUAGGUAGGGAGGCAUGCCCAGUAAGAGAACUGACCAUGGAGGCUUUGCCAGAGAGAGGGGUUCACCGAGAGGGGCAUAUACCACUGUCUAAACCGACAGAUGCAUCUCAUGCCGUAGGAUGCAGACAUAUGGUUGACAUGUUUAGGAAUUAGGAUUACUUCACAGAUGAAAAUUUUGCAUACCAAAACAGGGCAUGAAAUAUGGAUUAGCAGAUUCCAUGAAAUGCCAUGAGAUCAGCUAUAUUAUUUAGGAAGCCCUUAGUUAAUUUGUUGUUUUCUUUAGAAUGUCUAAAAUCCCAAAGGAAAUCACUGAAU